CUGUCUAUCCAGUUGCUUUCUUUCCAGCAUACACCCCACCCCAUAACUUCACAACCAUGAGCAAGACCUACUCUUCAUCUGCUGAGACAGCCUCUUCCUACCGUCGAACCUUCGGCUCAGGCCUGGGCUCAACCAUGUCCAGCUCUCUGUUUGGCCAUGGCUCUUCUGGCUCAUCCCGUGUUUCUUCCAGAGUCUACGAGGUAACCAAGAGCGCCUCUUCCUCCCCUCUUUACUCAAGCCUCCGUUCCGGAGCAUCCUCCUUCGGCUAUGGUGGUGGAGCUGUGACACGCUCCUAUGCAGGUGUGGGUGAGAAGUUGGACUUCAGCCUGGCUGAUGCUAUGAACCAGGAUUUCCUGCACACCCGCACCAACGAGAAGGCCGAACUACAGCAUCUGAACGACCGCUUUGCCAGUUACAUUGAGAAGGUGCGCUUCCUCGAGCAGCAGAACCAGGCUUUGGCUGUAGAGGUCGAGCGCCUGAGGGGUCGUGAACCCACACGCAUUGCUGAGAUAUACGAAGAGGAGAUGAAGGACCUGCGCAGGCAGGUGGACGCUCUGACCAACCAAAGAGCUCGCGUAGAGGUGGAGCGCGACAACCUGGUUGACGAUCUACAGAAACUCAAACUCAGACUUCAAGAGGAGAUCCACCAGAAAGAAGAGGCUGAGAAUAACCUCUCAGCUUUCAGAGCUGAUGUUGAUGCUGCCACUCUCGCCAGGCUGGACUUGGAGAGACGUAUUGAGAGCCUUCAAGAGGAGAUUGCCUUCCUCAAGAAGAUCCAUGAGGAGGAGAUCCGUGAGCUCCAGAGCCAGAUGCAGGAUACUCAGGUCCAGAUACAAAUGGACAUGUCCAAGCCUGACCUGACCGCUGCUCUGAGGGACAUCCGCAGCCAGUACGAGGCCAUCGCAGCCAAAAACAUUUCCGAAGCUGAGGAGUGGUACAAGUCCAAGGUAUCAGAUCUGAACCAAGCUGUGAACAAGAACAACGAUGCUUUGAGACAGGCCAAGCAGGAGACUAUGGAGUUCCGUCACCAAAUCCAGUCCUACACCUGCGAGAUCGACUCCCUGAAGGGCACCAACGAGUCUCUGAUAAGGCAGAUGAGGGAGAUGGAAGAAAGGACGGGCCGCGAGGCUGCCGGUUACCAGGACACCAUUGCUCGUCUGGAUGCUGAGAUUGCCAAACUGAAAGAUGACAUGGCUCGUCAUCUUCGCGAGUACCAGGACCUCCUUAAUGUCAAGAUGGCCCUGGAUGUAGAGAUCGCCACCUACAGGAAGCUGCUGGAGGGAGAGGAGAGCAGGAUCUCUCUGCCUCCACAAUCAUAUUCCUCCUUGAGCUUCAGAAGUGAUGCCAGAGAGACCAGCCCAGAGCAGUUCUCACAGCCACGUUCCUCUGAGAUCCACUCCAAGAAAACAGUUAUGAUCAAGACCAUAGAGACCCGUGAUGGAGAGGUCAUCAGCGAAUCCACACAGCACCAGCAGGACGUCAUCUAAAACCAGAGAAGAAAGGCAAGAUACAGAGCAACAGAAUUUGAUCCAGUUUGAAACAUUUCCAAGCCACAAAGGCCUUCAAUUUUUUUUAACAAGUGUCUGUGUGUAUAUAUCAGUGAUGCUAUGACCCACAAUUCCAGGCAGCUACAGAGGAACAAAGGAGAUAAAGCUGAAAGUGUGCAAAGGCCAAAAGAUUAUGAAGAGGAAACUGUGGUAGUCAUUUAUUAGAAAAGAAUGUCAAAUGCUCAAUCUCUGAAUUUUGUCUGCAAGUGUGUGUGCGCUUUUGGGUAAGUGGGUCAUAUGUUCAUCAUGAUUUACCGCAUCCAAUCAUAUGAGGCCUGCUAAUUGAUUUUCAUUAAAAUGAAACUUGAAACAUG